CUGCGUGUAGGAAGGAUUGAAUCAAGUGUCAAAACACAGCAAAAAAAAAAAAAAGCAACUCUGACAGUCUGUCAAAACCGCUGUUCUGGAUUUUAGAGAGCAGGCGUCUGCUCGAAGAGGAAUUGUGAAGACAAGAAAACUUGGUGUUAUGUUUCAGAUUCCUGAUGAAUAUGCCACUGCAGCCUGACUCAGUGCUGAGUGAUAUUUAAGCUUUGACUGAGUGCUGCUCAUCAAGACAACAUGGGUCGCUACCUGAGCACAAAAUUGUGUUCAUGUUGUGUGAACAGGACAUUGAAAUCAUACAGCAAAUAUAAAUACACAAUGAACCUUCUCAGAAAGGACCAUGGUCUGACUAAAGCACCACUCUGCCUUGACCUACAUAGAUAUUUACAGCUGUCACCUCCUCAACCUUCCAGGUUUGCAACAAAAGCCACUUUUAAAAAAGUAAAGCACAGCGAUACAAGCUCUACCUUUUAUAGCCUCCUUAGAGACUUUACAGAAGAGGCGAGACAUCCUCAGGCUCUGCGUUUUUAUUCAUCUUCUAAUAAGGAUGUCUUCAAAGCCAAAGCUCCAGUUGGGAUUUUUGACGAGGCUCAGAACAAUUCUCUUUUAAGUUCGGUUGGAGGGUGUCUUGGUCAAUCAUUUAAUCAAUUGUCCAGACACAUUAACAUUUAUUUCAAAAGAAAGGAAGUUUUAAGUCUGUCUGAAAAUGCCAGUGUUGUUGUGUCUACUCCAGAGUAUGCUUGCAGGUCACAGAGGAUUAGUCAAAGUCAGCUAGCAGCCACAGAGGAAAAACCUGAAAGCAAAGACACAACACAGACCUUGAAAUGUAAGGACAAACAGUGGGACUCUGUAACAAGUCAUUCAACUCAAGAAACAUCUGGACUGCAGUUAUUUCACAUCAGCUCUCUCACGACAAGAUUUGGUGAGGGUUACAAUUACGUUGCUCAUCACAUUAACACAGUUUUCUCUCAGGGUUUGGCAAAAGUUCAAAAACAGGAGAAUUUGGAGCCUCCUACCAAAGAGACAAAAAGAAGGGAGAAGAGACGAAAAAUACAAAUCAGAGGUAAACAGUCUCAAGUAAAGGCAGUACUGGAACCCAACAGUAACUCCAGUACCUGGGAGGAAGGAUACCUUCACUUUGCAAGGCACAUUAAUAAAUACUUUGGUGCCAAAGUAACAGAUGAAGCUCAGAAUAGGAAAGAACAACUUCUCAUAGAGAAGGAUUGGACUUACAAGAAACACCUUUUAACACAAUCUACCUCACAAACUCACAGUGCCAGUUCACAGCUGAAGCAAGAAGAAUCUAUCAUCCCAGGAGCUGCAGGCAGUUUCCACAGCAGCUGUAAUACAGCUAAAAUCAGUGAGAACUAUUUUCAAACAUCCCAACACAUCAAUCAGUAUUUCAAGGGUCAAAGUGGAUUGAAUGAGGACACUGAAUCCCAAAAGUCCCCCAAGAGACUGAAGAGUGUAUCUUUUAUGGAUUACCUUUGCAACCCCACAAGUACCAUUCCAGAACUGCUGGGUGUUUAUCGAAACAGCAACUCCAAAACUGCCAUCUCUGCCCCGCAGGCAGUAUUAAAUAAAAAGCUUGUCUUGAAUAGGAAGCAAGCAGAGGAAAUGACAUGUGUGUUCAUUGAUAGCCUGAGACUGGCUUCUACUCCAGAAGCUCUGACUGACUGCAUAGAAGCACUCAAUGAACACCUUAUCCACUACCCUUCAUGCAAAGCCAUAAUCUGGAAGGAGAAAAUUGCAGUUUCAAUGCUGAGACAACGAAAGAACUAUAAACAUAACCAGGAACUUCAGACUGCCUUAAGAGAAACUUUGGCUCUUAUCGGAUAUGCAGAUCCAGUCAAAGGCUGUGGCAUAAGAGUCCUCUCAAUUGAUGGUGGUGGAACAAGAGGUGUUGUGCCUCUUCAGAUAUUAAAGCUGUUGGAGGAUCAAACAGGCAAAAAGAUUCACCAGCUGUUUGACUACAUCUGUGGAGUGAGCACAGGUGCUGUCUUAGCCUUCAUGUUGGGUUUGGCCCGUUUUUCUAUAGAAGAGUGUGCUGACAUGUAUCGUCGUUUUGGUUCUGAAGUAUUCCGGCAAAACCCGCUGGUUGGUACCGUGAAGAUGGGCUGGAGCCAUUCUUACUAUAACACUGAGACCUGGGAGACGAUACUCCGAGAGAAGCUAGGUGAUAGAGUACUUAUUAAAACAGCCAGAGAUUUCUUCAGUCCCAAGGUUUCUGCAGUCAGCACAGUGGUAAACUGGGGUACCAGCCCUAAGGCUUUUGUCUUCCGCAACUAUAACCACAAACCAGGUUCUCUCAGCCGUUACGCAGGAGGCUCAGGCUACCAGAUGUGGCAGGCAGUGAGGGCAUCGUCAGCUGCCCCAGGAUACUUCCAGGAGUUUACCUUAGAAAAUGACAUUCACCAGGAUGGUGGAAUCACCCUGAACAAUCCCUGUGCCGUAGCUGUCCAUGAAAGCCAUUUGCUGUGGCCAAACCAGGACUUCCAAUGUGUGCUGUCCCUGGGCACAGGUCGCUAUGACAGUGCUAAGAAGGGACCUGCUACCUCCACGAGCCUGAGGGCCAAAAUCAGCAAUCUGAUCUGCAGUGCCACUGACACUGAAGGGGUUCACACCCUUUUAGAUGACCUGCUGGCCCCAGAUGUCUAUUUCCGCUUCAACCCCAUGCUGAGCUCUGAUGUGUCGCUUGACGAGAACCGGCCGCAGGCCUUGGACCAGCUGCACAGAGACACACAGAACUAUCUGGAGAGAAACCAGCCAAAACUGGCCAGACUUUGUUUAGUGCUUUCAGCAGAACGCUCAGUUAUUAGGAGAACUAAGGACUGGUUCAGUGAGAGGGCCUGGGAGAUGAAACAGAGAUUAAUGUGAGUAGGUGAGAUAAAAGAUGUCUACAAAGAGAUGUAUAUCAUAUGCAUAGAAGCUCACAUAACAGAAACACUUUAAAGGCAACAUCCAUCAUAUUAACACUGUUUGACAAAAUUUAGUUUUUUGGCUUUUGCUCUGUGUCAUGAUUUUGAGUUUAUGUGAGGCAACCAAAAGCUCAUCAUCUGAUGAGCUAAACAGUUCAAAUGUGCAGGGUUUUUGUGUGUUUUUGUCUGGUCGUUUGAUAUGUUUUCUUUUGACUUUAUGACCUAGACAGAAUACUCACAAGCACUUUGAUGCACUUUUUAAAAAAUGCCUAAUGUAUAAACAUAGGUCUUUCUGUCUUUGAAAAUCAAAGAAUAUUUAUUAAAGAGUCUAUGUUUCAUUAAACAUA